UGAUUUUAUUGCACAAGACUCUUAUUUUGACAUUGUUUGAGAACGGUAUGUCUUAGGAGAGAUUCCGUAGUUUGAGCAGUCGUUAGCAAGCCCAGUCAACGCCGAGCCGCUAUCAGUUUAGCCAGCCGCUUCUGCACAAGAUUAGGUCCAGCUAGUACAGUAAUAUAGAAAGCCUCUGUCGCCUUCGUGCAUUUAUUGCAGGUUCUUGCAAUAAUUACCAUGCAUAUGUCUGGAACUACUUGCCGCAUGAAUACAAACGGCUUUAUGACAGUAGACGAAGCGAAAGCCAUUGUCAGUGUUUGUUCGAUGUAGCGAGCUAACUUUGUAAAAACAAAUGAUUUCCGCUCCUCUGCAGGCCCGUGGAAGCUUGGUUACGGUAUACUCGCUCUGAACCGCCGCGCCGUCGUCACUCUUUUACAUUCGAAGACGGUCAUGUCGUCGGGCUCUGAGACGGUUCACUACAUUCACCUGCACAACGCCAGCCAGUCUGUUCUGGAAGCCCUGCGGUCUCAGCGGCGGAAGGGGCUGUUCUGCGACGUCACCGUGCGGAUUCACGACGCCUCACUGCGUGCGCACGCCUGCGUGCUGGCUGCCGGCAGCCCCUUCUUCCAGGACAAGCUGCUUCUGGGUCACUCGGAGAUCUCUGUGCCACCCCUGGUCCCCGCGGAGACGGUGAAGCAGCUGGUGGACUUCAUGUACAGCGGCUCGCUGGUGGUGCUGCACUCGCAGGCCCUCUGCAUCCUUACGGCCGCCAGCAUCCUGCAGAUCAAGACCGUCAUCGACGAGUGCACGCAGAUCAUCUCGCAGAAACGCGCCGCCGUCGGCCCGCUAGGGGGUGCCAUGCCCAAGCAAGAGGAGCAGGGGGGUGGGAAGGGGCGGGAGGGCGCUAGUGGAGCGGGUGGGGCUCUGCAGGGGUAUGGCUACCCAAUGGGGGAGUGCGCACCUGGUGUGGGGGCGGGACCCACCCUGCCUGACCCUGGCCUCAGUGGAGGGGGGCAGGGAGAGGGUACUGGGCUGGACGGGGGCGGAGUCGGCGGUCUGAUGCCGCUUGGGGAGCUGGGUGGGGGCUUGCUGUGCCGGGGGGAGGGGCUAGGUGGGGCUGGAGGUGGAGCCAUGAUGAAGCAGGCAAGCUGCACUCAGGAGAUGAACUAUAUGCUGAACCAGAGCGCAGAUCGAGGUGCUGUGCAGAACCAGAACCAAAGCCAGAACCUCCCCGAACCAGGCCGCGCCCAGAUGAGCACCCCCGCCCCCAUGGUACGGGACGGUCUCCGUGGCAACGGGGCGGAGUAUGUGGGCGUUGGCGAGGAGCUGGGGGUGGGGAUGGAGAGAUUCAGCGAGGAGGAAGAGGUGGAAGAUAGAGGGAGAGACGGAGAGAGAGAAAGGGGGGCAGGGCACAGCCGCAAACAGAGGCAGCCACUCCGACUACAGGUGCUGGGAGCAGAGCAGGUGGUGGUAAAGGAUGAAAGCGUGCAGGAUGGGGAGGGUCUGUUUGAGCUGGACGAGAGGCGAGAUACAACACAUGAUGCACACCAGCCUAGUUACAGCCAGGGUGGAUUUUAUGAAGAGCCGGGUGUGUUUGCUGGGGGUUACUGGCCACAAGCGGAUACAUCUCAGACUCUGGUAUCCAACCCCCGCUCCCGUGGCAACAAACCGAUGUCUCCGCCCACUUCCUCUCAUAGCAUCAAUAACCAGAUGCUCUUUCAGUAUCCUGUCAGUGAAUCACAGCCAUCCUCCUUCUUUGUGGGCGGGCCUAUGGGGAUUGACAACAUGGCAGAGACAUGUCAGCAGGCACCUCCCCCUGCCCCACUGACCCCAGCCCCGCCCCCUCCUGCACAGCCAUGUAUCGCUGGUCCGAGUUUUACGGCUCAGGGUUCAGAGACGUCGUUUGACUGCAGCCACUGCGGAAAGUCCCUGCGCUCACGCAAGAACUACAGCAAGCACAUGUUCAUCCACUCUGGUCAGAAGCCCCACCAAUGCAGUAUCUGCUGGCGGUCCUUCUCGCUGCGUGACUACCUGCUGAAGCACAUGGUGGUGCACACAGGUGUGCGUGCAUUCCAGUGUUCUGUGUGCAGCAAGCGCUUCACCCAGAAGAGUUCGCUCAACGUGCACAUGCGCACACACCGCGUCGAGCGUACCUUCUCCUGUGCCGUGUGUCACCGGGCCUUCACACACCGCACACUGCUUGAACGCCACGCCCUCCAGCACCAGCACCCACCGCCAAUCAAACCACCCACUAAUCACAUGGAGCAGGGCACUGGUGGCAUGGGUGGGGCCGGUGGCACGGGGCCUGCGUCCUAG